CGCAUGUCGGCGAAACAGCAAAAUGACGGGUUUCCAAGUUGAGUUGCCGGAUGCUAUGCGCCGUUUGAAUAUUUCUCUGAACCGGUUGUCAUCAAAAUUUAUGCGAAAGGUGUUAUAUCCGCAGGAAUUGCGAAUCAUGGACGUCGGUGGAAACAAGCUUAAUUCAUUAGAGUUCACAUCGAUUUUGCCAGAGGGGAUCGAAGUGCUCUAGUUGAAAGAUAAUGGCAUUGGCUCUUUACUGGACUCUCAGGAACGUUUUCCUAGAUACCUAAAAACUCUUGGUUUGCGUAAAAACCCUGCACUUUUCCUGGAUCUUACUCUUGCUCAGCUCUCCAACUUACAAUCCUUGAAGUAUCUCGACGUGCAUGACACCGGGAUUGAUUGUGUCGCAGGAUUCAAG